CCCAUUUUGCAGAUCAUGGCAAUGCAACGGGAACCAACAUUUAUGCGGCCCUUAAUGCGGUUUACGAGAUGAUAAUUAAUGAAGAAGCAACUUUGAAAGAUCAAUGGAACAAAGUCCGUCAUGCUAUCAUUCUGCUUACGGAUGGAAAAUCCAACCUUGGAGGUUCUCCCAAAAUGGCAGUGCGCCACAUAGAAGAACUGAUAAAUGUGAGAGACGACCGAAAAGAUUAUCUCGAUAUCUAUGUUUUUGGCAUCGGGAACCUUGACGUUGAGUUGAGUGCCAUGAAUGAGAUUGCGUCAAAGAAGCCAGGGGAAAGGCAUGUCUUUGUGAUGGAAAAUCCACAGGAACUCAAGAAUGCUUUUGAAGAUCUGUUGGAUCCUAGAGAUUUGGAGGACAUUUGUGGUUUGGCAAACUACUCGGACAGUGCAAGAUGGGACCAGAAGAACCCUUGGCAUGUGCGUCUCCAAAACACACAUCAUAGGGAUUCUACUUGCCGAGGUGCCUUGAUUUCCAAUACCUGGGUUCUAACAGCGGCUCACUGCUUCAACCACUGGAAAAAUAAUUGGAUCGUGGUUCUGGGUGGAGAAAUCAGGCUAGGAAUAAAGAGACGGAUUGACCAUGAAUUAUACAACAUUCGAGCUAAGACGGCCCAGGGCAUCCAAGAAUUCUAUGACUACGAUAUCUCCCUCAUUGAACUGGAGAAACCGGUGACCUUCGGAGGAAGAAUCAGACCCAUCUGCCUCCCUUGCACCGAAGGGGCCAGCAGAGCCCUGAAGAAAAGAGCUGGAACAACAACAUGCAGAGAUCAUGAACUGGAGCUGCUGAGUUUUGAGAAGGUGCCUGCCGAAUUCAUCUCCUUGGAGCACAAGAGAAUGAACGUGCAGAUCAAGACCAAAACAAGUCGUCCCACGUGCGUUUCUGGAGCUAUUCAGGAGGGAAUGAUAUAUGCCAAUGUGUCCAAUGUCGACGAUGUGGUGACUGACAGGUUCCUGUGCAGUGGAGAAGAUAAAUCGCUGGAAGCCUACACUUGCAAAGGUGAAUCCGGGGGAUCGCUCUUCGUGGAAAGGAGAGAAAGACAUUUUCAGGUGGGUGUGAUCAGCUGGGGCACGUAUGAUCCAUGUGCGCAGAAGAAUAAAAAUGACAAUGGGGAGAUAAUACGAGAUCGGCCAAGCAAAGAAUACAAACCACGAGACUUCUACAUCAGUCUAUUUCAAGUGCAGGAUUGGUUAAGAAAACAUCUGAACAACUCCUUGAAAUUCAUUCCCAUGCAAUGAACUGCUAAUAUUUGCUCUUAACCAGAACUCCAUACAAUAUUUACCAAGUCAUCAAUCUCAAUGACCAUUAUUAAAAAUUAGCUUGAUGGUAUCUGUGAUUCAACUAUUGAUAUUUUCAGCAGAAGGCUCAGAACCUAAUUUGGUCCAAAGCUCAUUGUGUCAGAGCCUUGAGGUGCUCCAAACAGAUAUUGCAAAAAUGCUGAUGAGCUGAAAAUAGAAUUAAGCCAGUGGUUCCUUUCAUAAUACUGUAUAUUAUGCACCUCUGCUUGCCUUCUUCUAAAAUCCUUGUAUAAUAUUUAUUCAAAAGUUAAUCCCGUUCCCCUAAGCUUCGUAAUGUUAAUUAACACAAUGGUAAUUAAAAGCUUCUUCCUUGUACUUUCUGCCCUGUUUGUUAUGACUUCUUAUCGACCAUGGCAGCGGAAUUACUAUUAAAUAAAUUGUCAGUGGAGUAGCAUAUUCUCAGUUGACUCUUAAUAUUAAUUCUUGUUUACUGAGAGUGAAUGUUUGUGUGUAGUGCCAUAAGUGGUUCUUUUUCAUAUUUCACAUCAUCCCAUCGCAUAAUGUAGUUUCAUAGUUCACGAUUAGGCCUCUGUGAGAAAAGAAAAGGAUUUGAGUAAACAAACGAAUCAGGCACUCAUGAUAAGAGGCUAUUCGAAAUCCCCAGGAAGCAAUAAAUAAGUCAAAGCACUUUUGAAUUAAAAGACUUCUGUUUCCUGUUUGAUUCAAAAUACUGAAGUCCCAGGGACAGUUUGCUACUUCUAUAUCCAGAUUAGACUCUAUGACAUCUAUGGGAGGGGCAGGUCUUUUUACUGUGAGGUUGUGGUUGCCAUCUGAACUUGUUGGACACACGUAUACGCACAACUUGCGAAUGUCCUUGUUUAGUUUCAUAAUUACAUUUUAAAUCUGGGUGUCGUUUUAAAAAGCAACAGGAAAACAAGGAGAAAAAUGAUCCAGGAAACCAUAAUGUGCCGCGUAAUUGUUGAUGUCGCUAAUUUUUUUCCCCUACAAAUAAAUGAAUA